AUGUCAAGCCAUACGAUAGGGGUCGCUCCGUUUAAAUUUUGGGUGAGUCUAUUGACACUCCCAGGAGUGUCAACAAGGAGCUAUUGCCACGCCCGGGCGUGUCAACAAGAAGUUAUUGCCACUCCCUGGGCGUGCCAACAAGAAGCUAUUGCCACUCCCUGGGCGUGCCAACAAGAAGCUAUUGCCACUCCCUGGGCGUGCCAACAAGAAGCUAUUGCCACUCCCUGGGCGUGUCAACAGGAAGCUAUUGCCACUCCUUGGGCGGGUCAACAAGAAGCUAUUGCCACUCCCUGGACGUGUCAACAAGAAGCUAUUGCCACUCCCUGGGCGUGUCAACAAGGUGCUAAGAUGAAGAAAUCGUCUGAAUAUUUUCCUUGA